AGAGGUCCAGCCUGUAACAGGAACAGAUGAAAAGUAACCAAUGGCAGUGUAUAAAUAUAUAAAGUGUCUCCUGUAACUAAAAAACAGAACUUCCAGCAGCUGUGAUAGUUUUUUCUUCAGUCUCUCUCCAGUCUCUGCAGCAGGGUUUAGUGUUUUGUUUGCAGUUUUGCUUCUGCUGAAGAGAAUCUUCUGGACCUGCUCUCUCUCAAACUCGCAUUAUCUCCCCCUUAUAAACACACGCGAGGCCUGAGAGCACAGCCAGAUGCUCUCUGACGGAGAGAGAAAGAAAGGAAGAAGUGCAGAGGCUCUCUGAGAAGAGGCCAAGUCUCUCUCUUUCUUUAUCAGCGUGUGAAGGAGGGAGCAGAGGGGUGAUGAGAAAAGAUAGUGGGCAGACAACUGCAUAGCUGACGGAAAGAAACACACAGACACAGAAAAAGGAUUCUUACGAAAGAAAUAAGGCGCAGAUGUCAGCAGAACUCAGAGGAAGGAGGAAUUCUGAUGUUAGUAAAGCUGUGAAUACAAGUGAAAAGAAGGACAUGGAUCAAAACUCGUCUGUUCUGCAGGUAACUCUGCAGAUUUCACAAGAACAGGCUGAGCCUGGAGAAGCAAAGUCAGUAGUCAGGGGACAGUGCCUUAAGCUCCUUUUGGUCUUUUUUGUCUUCUUCCUCAUCGGCACAGUGAUUGGGUUGGUUCUCUAUUCCCAUUGGAGGACAAAUCAAGUCCCUGCCCCCUGUCUUUCUCCUGCAUGUCGCAGAGCAGCUGAGCGCUUCUCUGCUGCUGUAGAUCCCUUCUCUCGACCAUGUGAUUACUUUCAGUUUACCUGUGGGGCGACCCUCAGCAGAGGAAGGCAGCGGGGGAAGACCGUCUCUCACAACCUCACCGCUGGGCAGGACAUGAGGAGGUGGACAGGGAGAGGAGGAGGGAGGAUGGACAGAGAGGCAGAAACUGAAAAAGGGGGAGAUAUGCCUGAGAGAUUACCAGACAGACGCACAGCUUUACUUCAGACAAUAAAAGAGAUUCUGGAGUCUCCAGUCGGGGGUGUUUCCACACACACUGUGAAGGAGAAAGCACAGAGGUUCUACAACACCUGCAUGGACUUCAAACCUGCAGAGAGUACAAACUCAGAACGUUUCCUCGCGCUUGUUCAGCAGCUCGGGGGCUGGGCUGCCUCUGGGAAAUGGACUCAGCCUGAUUUUAACACCACUCUGGCUCUGCUGAUGGCCCAGUAUAACACCUUCCCUUUCUUUAAUGUGUAUGUGGGACCUGAUCAGAGAAAAGAUCAGAGUAAUGAAGGCCAGCACUACAUUCAGAUUGAUCAGCCAGACUUUCAGUUCCCCAUUGAAUGGAACAGCGGCACACAAAGAUCCAAGAUUAACAUACAGUCUUUGCGUCCAUUCUUCUCAUCCUGUAGGCAGCUCAUGACUUUGUUGGACGUUCCCUCAAGUCACACCACUCUGCACUGUGGCCUGUAUGUGUCUCUAUCUUCAACUCUAGUUACAGCUACUUCACCACUAACCUACAGACUCAGCCAAAAACUUCUGUAUCAUAGAAUCACAUUGCAGGAGCUACAGUUGCUGGCCCCAGCUAUUGAUUGGCUUAAUUGCCUCAAAGCCGUAUUCCAUCCUCUUCCUGUAAACCAAUCAGAUUUUGUUUUACUACACAAUCUCCCUUACAUUAUCUAUAUGUCGCAGACAAUCAGUGAGUGGAAACUGAAGCAUGAGAUGAUGGGCAGUGAUCCUCUUCAUACUUAUAUGGUUCUGACUCUUCUGCAAACACUCCUCCCUGCCCUGGACUCCAGAUUCUCACAGAUCAUGCACAGUGACUCCAUGGAUAUAAAGGAGGGAAUCCCCCACUGGAGACACUGUGUGCAGCAGAGCUUGAAAGGGUUUGACUUGUUGCUAAGUCAUGUGAUCAAAGAAACGUAUGCCCAUGAAAAGGCUGAAGAGUUGAUGAAUAACAUUUACUCCACUUUUAAGACCAAAAUAAUCAAUCUCAGCUGGAGGGAUGUGGGAAGUCGUGAUUUAGUUUUGAAUAAGGUUAAAUCGCUCACCCCAAGAUUGUCUAUUAACCCUGAAAUACUCAACCAACUAAGUCUCAACAGCCACUAUUCAGAGGUGAUCAUAAGUGAGGCGGACUAUUUUUCCAACUACCUGCAGCUGCUUGCACUUCAGCAGAAGAGAAGGAGGAAGCUGUUAUCUCACGCCGCACAGCAUGAUGUGCUGUUCGUCAGUCUGUUUUUGUCUGGCAAUGACAUCAUCUUUCCAGUUGGAAUGUUUGUGUCGCCUCUGUUCCAUCCCUCCUAUCCAAGAGCUAUCAACUAUGGAAUGCUGGGAUCUAUGAUUGCAAAAGACCUUCUCCAUCUGCUACUCCCUGACAUUCUUUCGCAGUCAGAAGUCCCCAGGCUGAAGAGUGAGUGUGUGUGGGAACACUAUGUGAGUUGGAGGGAGGGUUCAGACAGAGAUAAAUCUUCUUCUCUCUCCCAGUCCCAGCAGCAGGAGGUGUGGGUGCAGUACGCAGCCCUGGAGAUAGCACUACAGGCAUACCAUGAGAGUUUGCAGAGGCACUCAGAUGAUACUUCUGUGUCAGGACUUUCUCACGUCCAUCUGUUUCUCUCCUCCUUCAUUCAGGCAAGCUGUGACUUUCAGCCAUACCAUGCAUACAUGCAUUUCGAGCCCUCCUUCCUGGUGACUGUUCUGUGCAGAAACUCAGACCUCUGUCCCAAACCACUGAUCUGUGAGGAUAGCUCUCAGGGGCAUUCUACCAAGCCCUGUUAGCAUGAAGCCACUGCUGAAAACGUCAUCACAGCUGUAAAACGGACUGAACUGCUAUCAGCACUCCAAACAGACAAAACGAUGCUGCUGAGAAGUCUGUUAACAUUUUUAAAGGACAUUGCUGUAGGCCUCACUUUAAGGAUGUUAAAGCAGACUCUGAAUAUGCAGAACCCAAAUGUCUUAUUAAAAUCCACAUACAACGUUUAGCAUUGUCUAAUUUUAAGGUUUUAUAAUUGUAGGCCUGUUUAUUGACUGAUAAAUGACUGUGUAAUUUACUACCAGGAUGUAAGUAGAGUUGCCAGCUGCACAGAUUUUUCUGGAUUUUCACAGAUUAUAACCAUUACCAUAUUCCUUACAAAGGUUAAACAAAUGAUGUGCCUCCUUUUCUGCUUUUUCCUGGUCGUGGUUGUGGUGGGUCCAGUCCAGAGCCCACAGCCCCAAGACAGGGUGCCAGUCCUUCACAAAUCUUUAUGCACACUCACCUAGAAGCACUUUACUAUGGCUAAUUUACAUAGCACAUGUAUUUUUGUGGGGGUGGGAGGAUACCCUCUUGGACACAGAACACAGUGAGCAAAAUGGGGACCAACCCCACAAUCCCAGACCACUGGAGCUGUGUGUGACACAUGCACUGCGGUGAUCAGACCGGGGAUUAAAUCCACAAUUCUAGACCCCUGGAGCUGUGUGACACACACGUUGUGAUGCCCCCUGCCUUUUAAUCCAUCAAGAUUAUAAGGAAUAUGAAGAAGGAUGGAAGGAUGUUUUCCUUGUCAGGUGUCCAGAAUUUGUAAGCUUGGAAUGAUUUGAUGGAACUUUAAAGAGAUAGAGUCUUAUAUUUUAUAUAAAGUGUGAUCAUUAAAACUGUUUAUUGUU